AUGAUGGAGGAAGAUGAACUUUGCUUUCCACAAUAUACCAACUUGUCCUGUAGAAAACUAUACCGUUCUCAAUUUGAAAAAGUUUUGGUUUCCUUUAUAUUAUGCUUUAUUUCUGUGAUCACUGUGUCUCUCAACCUGCUGGUCAUCAUCUCCAUUUCUCAUUUCAGGCAGCUUCACACCUCCACAAACCUGGUCCUCCUGUCUCUGGCUGUGUCUGACUUUUCUGUGGGAUUCCUAAUUCUAUUUCAGCUCAUGCUCAUAGAUGGAUGCUGGUAUCUAAAUGACUCAAUGUGUGUUUUAUACUAUAUUUUAGAUGUAGUUGUUACCUCUGCCUCAGUAGGAAACAUGGUACUCAUAUCAAUUGACCGCUAUGUGGCAAUAUGUGACCCUCUACACUAUUCUCUAAAAGUCACUCCAAAAAGAGUCUGUGUGUGCAUUUCAUUGUGUUGGAUCUGUUCUCUCAGUUAUGUCUUCAUAGUACUAAGGAUGAAUUUUAAACAGCCUGGAAGGCUUAAUUCCUGCUUUGGAGAGUGUGUGAUAAACGUUGGCUUUACUGAACAAGUUACAGAUCUUUUUGUAACCUUCAUUAUUCCCAUUACUGUCAUCAUAGUCCUGUAUGUGCGAGUGUUCCUGGUGGCUGCGGCUCAGGCUCAGGCCAUGCGCUCCCAUAUUGCAGCCAUCACACAUCAACAUUCAAGGAAAAUAACUGUUAAGGAGUCAGAGAUGAAAGCAGCCAAGAUUCUCGGAGUUGUUGUUGUUGCGUUUCUGACGUGUCUGUGUCCAUAUUUCUGGGUUACACUUGUAGGACAAGAAACCCUACUAAAUGCUUUGACUUCUGCAUUUGUAAUAUGCCUGUUUUAUUUUAAUUCUUGUCUAAACCCUCUCAUCUAUGCCUUUUUCUACCCCUGGUUUAGGAACUCUAUAAAAUACAUUAUUUCACUUCAAAUACUGAAACCUGGAUCCUGUGAUGCCAAUAUACUUUGA